AGCUGCCCGCGCGCUCCGUCCCCCUCCCCCCUGGGCGGGCGGGCCGGCGGCCGGGGGGAGGGCGGGCGGCGGCGGCGGCCCGCUGUAUAUAUCUCCGCGCACCCCGCCAGGUCGCGCACAGCUCCCCGAGCCCAGGCACCUCCCCGCCCCCUCCUCGCGCUCCGUGGCGGCGGCGGCGGCAGCAAUAGCAGCAAUAUGGCUGUUGAUGGGUGUUCGGGGUGGCGCUGGCGGCGGGAGGAGCUCCCCCGAGCCCCUGCGCCGGCUGCCCGUUGCUAGCUAUGGCAAAUGGUGGCGGCAGCGGCGGCAGCAGCGGCGGCGGCGGUGGCGGCGGAGGCAGCGCUCUUAGAAUGAGUAGCAAUAUCCACGCGAACCAUCUCAGCCUAGACGCGUCCUCCUCCUCCUCCUCUUCCUCCUCCUCUUCUUCCUCCUCCUCCUCUUCCUCCUCGUCCUCGGUCCACGAGCCCAAGAUGGAUGCGCUCAUCAUCCCGGUGACCAUGGAGGUGCCGUGCGACAGCCGGGGCCAGCGCAUGUGGUGGGCUUUCCUGGCCUCCUCCAUGGUGACUUUCUUCGGGGGCCUCUUCAUCAUCUUGCUCUGGCGGACGCUCAAGUACCUGUGGACCGUUUGCUGCCACUGCGGGGGCAAGACGAAGGAGGCCCAGAAGAUUAACAAUGGCUCAAGCCAGGCGGACGGCACUCUCAAGCCAGUGGACGAAAAAGAGGAGGCAGUGGCAGCCGAGGUCGGCUGGAUGACCUCCGUGAAAGACUGGGCGGGGGUGAUGAUAUCUGCCCAGACGCUGACCGGCAGAGUCCUGGUUGUCUUAGUCUUUGCUCUCAGCAUUGGUGCACUUGUAAUAUACUUCAUAGAUUCGUCAAACCCAAUAGAAUCCUGCCAGAAUUUCUACAAAGAUUUCACAUUACAGAUCGACAUGGCUUUCAACGUGUUCUUCCUUCUCUACUUUGGCUUGCGGUUUAUUGCAGCCAAUGAUAAGCUGUGGUUCUGGCUGGAAGUGAACUCUGUAGUAGAUUUCUUCACGGUGCCCCCCGUGUUUGUGUCUGUGUACUUAAACAGAAGUUGGCUUGGUUUGAGAUUUUUAAGAGCUCUCAGGCUGAUCCAGUUUUCAGAAAUUUUGCAGUUUCUGAAUAUCCUGAAAACAAGUAAUUCCAUCAAGCUGGUGAAUCUGCUCUCCAUAUUUAUCAGCACAUGGCUAACAGCAGCCGGCUUCAUCCAUUUGGUGGAGAAUUCAGGGGACCCAUGGGAAAAUUUCCAAAACAACCAGGCCCUUACCUACUGGGAGUGUGUCUAUUUGCUCAUGGUGACCAUGUCCACUGUUGGUUACGGGGAUGUUUAUGCAAAAACCACACUCGGGCGUCUCUUCAUGGUCUUCUUCAUCCUCGGGGGACUGGCCAUGUUUGCCAGCUACGUCCCUGAAAUCAUAGAGUUAAUAGGAAACCGCAAGAAAUACGGGGGCUCCUAUAGUGCGGUUAGUGGAAGAAAGCACAUUGUGGUCUGUGGACACAUCACGCUGGAGAGCGUUUCCAACUUCCUGAAGGACUUUCUGCACAAGGACCGGGAUGAUGUCAACGUGGAGAUUGUCUUUCUUCACAACAUUUCCCCUAACCUGGAGCUUGAAGCUCUGUUCAAACGACAUUUUACUCAGGUGGAAUUUUACCAGGGUUCAGUCCUCAAUCCACACGAUCUUGCGAGAGUCAAGAUAGAGUCAGCAGAUGCGUGCCUAAUCCUUGCCAAUAAGUACUGCGCAGACCCCGAUGCUGAAGAUGCCUCCAACAUCAUGAGAGUCAUCUCCAUAAAGAACUACCACCCGAAGAUAAGAAUAAUCACUCAGAUGCUGCAGUAUCAUAACAAGGCCCAUCUGCUAAACAUCCCAAGCUGGAAUUGGAAAGAGGGGGAUGAUGCAAUCUGCCUCGCAGAGCUGAAGCUGGGGUUCAUCGCCCAGAGCUGCCUGGCUCAAGGCCUCUCCACCAUGCUUGCCAACCUCUUCUCCAUGAGGUCAUUCAUAAAGAUUGAGGAAGACACGUGGCAGAAAUACUACUUGGAAGGAGUCUCAAAUGAAAUGUACACAGAAUAUCUCUCCAGUGCCUUCGUGGGUCUGUCCUUCCCUACUGUUUGUGAGCUGUGUUUUGUGAAGCUCAAGCUUCUAAUGAUAGCCAUUGAGUACAAGUCCGCCAACCGAGAGAGCCGUAUAUUAAUUAAUCCUGGAAACCACCUUAAGAUCCAAGAAGGUACUUUAGGAUUUUUCAUCGCAAGCGAUGCCAAAGAAGUUAAAAGGGCAUUUUUUUACUGCAAGGCCUGUCAUGAUGACAUCACGGAUCCCAAAAGAAUAAAAAAAUGCGGCUGCAAACGGCUGAUAUAUUCCAAGAUGUCCAUCUACAAGAGAAUGAGACGGGCAUGUUGUUUUGAUUGCGGACGUUCUGAGCGUGACUGCUCGUGCAUGUCAGGCCGUGUGCGUGGUAACGUGGACACCCUUGAGAGAGCCUUCCCACUUUCUUCUGUCUCUGUUAAUGAUUGCUCCACCACUUUCCGUGCCUUUGAAGAUGAGCAGCCGUCAGCACUGUCACCCAAAAAAAAGCAGCGCAACGGAGGCAUGCGGAACUCACCCAGCUCCUCGCCCAAGCUGAUGAGGCAUGACCCCUUGUUAAUUCCCGGCAAUGAUCAGAUUGACAACAUGGACUCCAACGUGAAGAAGUAUGACUCUACUGGGAUGUUUCACUGGUGUGCACCCAAGGAGAUAGAGAAAGUCAUCCUGACUCGAAGUGAAGCCGCUAUGACCGUCCUGAGUGGCCACGUGGUGGUCUGCAUCUUUGGCGAUGUCAGUUCAGCCCUGAUUGGCCUCCGGAACCUGGUGAUGCCACUCCGUGCCAGCAACUUUCACUACCACGAGCUCAAGCACAUCGUGUUUGUGGGUUCCAUUGAGUACCUCAAGCGGGAAUGGGAGACUCUUCAUAACUUUCCCAAAGUGUCCAUAUUGCCUGGUACGCCGUUAAGUCGGGCUGAUUUAAGGGCCGUCAACAUCAACCUCUGUGACAUGUGCGUUAUCCUGUCAGCCAAUCAGAAUAAUAUUGAUGAUACUUCGCUGCAGGACAAGGAAUGCAUCUUGGCGUCGCUCAACAUCAAAUCUAUGCAGUUUGAUGACAGCAUCGGGGUCUUGCAGGCUAAUUCCCAAGGGUUCACACCUCCAGGAAUGGACAGAUCCUCUCCGGAUAACAGCCCAGUACAUGGGAUGUUACGCCAGCCCUCCAUCACAACUGGGGUCAACAUCCCCAUCAUCACUGAACUAGUGAACGAUACUAAUGUUCAGUUUCUGGACCAAGACGAUGACGAUGACCCCGACACAGAGCUGUACCUCACGCAGCCGUUUGCAUGUGGGACAGCAUUUGCCGUCAGCGUCCUGGAUUCACUCAUGAGUGCGACAUACUUCAAUGACAACAUCCUCACCCUGAUACGGACCCUGGUGACCGGAGGAGCCACGCCAGAGCUGGAGGCUCUGAUUGCCGAGGAGAAUGCACUGCGCGGGGGCUACAGCACCCCCCAGACGCUGGCCAAUAGGGACCGCUGCCGCGUGGCCCAGUUAGCACUGCUGGACGGGCCCUUUGCGGACCUGGGGGAUGGUGGUUGUUAUGGUGAUCUGUUCUGCAAAGCUCUGAAAACAUAUAAUAUGCUUUGUUUUGGAAUUUAUCGGCUGAGAGAUGCUCACCUCAGCACCCCCAGCCAAUGCACGAAGAGGUAUGUCAUCACCAACCCCCCGUACGAGUUUGAGCUCGUGCCGACGGACCUGAUCUUCUGCUUAAUGCAGUUUGACCACAACGCCGGCCAGUCCCGGGCCAGCCUCUCCCAUUCCUCCCACUCGUCCCAGUCCUCCAGCAAGAAGAGCUCCUCCGUUCACUCCAUCCCAUCCACAGCAAACCGACAGAACCGGCCCAAGUCCCGGGAGUCCCGAGACAAACAGAACAGAAAAGAAAAUGGUUUACAGAUGAACCGGAUAAUGCCUAUCCCAGAAGAACAUUCAAAUCAAGCCCAUGAGUACCCACAUGGCUAACCAGAUCAACCAAUAUAAAUCCACAAGCAGCUUGAUUCCACCAAUCAGAGAAGUUGAAGAUGAAUGUUGACUCCCAGGAGACCAGAACUAUUUUUUUUACAGCCUGACAAACUUCAUAAAUGGUGACCGUGACUUUUCUUCCUCUUACAUGCUGAAUCACUGGUGGAAACGUUAGGAUAAGCAAGAAUUGCAAGAAAAAUAAGUAGACAGAUCUUCUCUUUGCCUUGAAUAUUGCUUCCAUGUAUUUUGGAAAAGAAAAUGAUUUCAUUUAUAAAUGAACAUACUAAAAUAGUCAUGUAUAGCCUCUAGCAUUUUAAAUUAUUUUUAUUAUUAGAAGGAAAAUAUAUUUUUUCUUUUUUUUCCAUUGUCAUAUAUAUUCCCUAUAGCUAACAAUGCAAACUCAAAAGGAAUGUGGCCAGACUCCUUAUGCACAUUUCUCUUCUUUCUCUCUUUUUCUUUGAGGAGAAUGAUGGUCACCACACAGUUAAUUAUAAUUAAGGGAAAUGGAUUAUUAAGACAACUUUAAAAUGGUCCAAUAAUAUAAAAUGUAUUUUAGUAAAUUUAAAAAAGAAGACAAAAGAGGGCAGUGAUUUCCUAGAUGGGUAUGUAUUUUGGCUGUACUGACACCAGCGCUUAAUAAAUGGAAAGUUACUUAUUUUCGAAGUCAUUAUUUUUGUAGUUUUAGUUUUCAUCCUGUAUUUCUCAUCCUUUGUUCAUAUAUUUAAAGGGAAGACCUUCUUGCAGCUUUUCUACAAAUGGCCCAGAUCGGGUUUUACCCUGCCAACUAACAAUACCAGGAGGGUUGUGAGCAUGCCUGGACGUGGAAGUUGAGGACCAGAUGCACAGAAGACAUUUCCUGUUUGUUGUUCUAAUGGUGGGGACUCCUUCCUACAUGCUGUUAUGCUUCUCAUUCGUAUCUCCAAAACCAACCAAGCAGUUAAUUGCAACUUUGAACGGUCUGGUGGACUCUCUCCCCAUUCCCCAAGUCCAGGGGCUUUUAGCCUGAAAGUUUGUAAACACCAAUGAAUAGUUUUACCUAACCACAGGAUAUGAUAAACACAUUCAUGCUAUUCACUGAGUUUUUGUGUAAAAGCCAGAGAAAGUUCCAUGAUCGAGGAGAUGACUUUUGCCCAGAUCUAAAUUUUGCAGGCUUUCCUUUAGUUGCUGGGACAAAACACACAAACUUGUUACAGCAACCUAAAAAAUAAUAACAACAAAAGGACAGCAUUGAAUGCACUUAAUAAAGACUGUUAGAAAAAGCCUUUGAAAAUUACCAGCAAUGAAAUCUAAUGUAUCAGCCACUUCAAACUGUGGUCAAAAAGAUUUUUCUAACCAUCAGACACAAUUCCGAUGUCUCCGAGCUCUGCUGUUGCUUGCAUGCUCAGUGUAAUGGCGUCCCAGCAAUUGUUCCAUUCCAAAUGAUUUUCAAGCUUCAAAUGAUCAAUCUUGAUAGAAACAUCAGGAUCUCUCUGGAGCAGCAUGGAUGUGAUAGUGAUUUUUAUUUUCUUAAAAAUGUAAACUGUGGACACUUGAAGAAAACCAACUAACCAAAUAUCCCCCAAAGUCCCAUGCUAUCUAUUCCAUUAGGCCAUGACCCCCGUGGUACGUAGUAUGUUAAGCAAAUCAGAUCAGAGCCAAGCAAUGAAUCAUCAUGAAAACAUAGGUCCACUAAGUACUCCAAUUACCAACAUAGGCAAAAUGAGCUUCCACCUCUGUCCCGUCCCUGCAGAGCCAAUGUAGUUGUGUUUCCACCUUGUAGGCGUCGUCCUAAAGUGACUUGUCAGACUGUGGUUACCCUGUCGUCACAUUUUUGUAGAAUUAGUUCUAUAAAAGUAUCGUGAAUAUAAUGUAUGUCCAACUGGAUUGUUGAAAAAUUACUUAUAAUCAAUCACUAGUCUACUCAGCAGACUAAAAUGACGUCAGCAUUCUCUUCAGGCUUAUAAACAUUUCUUGGUUUCCAACAGAAGUAAAAUGGGUUUGUGGGGCGAAACCCUUGCUGAGAGUUGACAACUUUCCUGAAAGCUAGGCCUUCUUCUACAUAACGAUUUUGUAUUGGGUUCACCUUAGUACAUUCUUAGUACAUCAAUCCACGCUCUUCUUUCCUUCAUGAACCCUAGUGGGUUCCUGAUAACUUGAUAACCAUUUCUGAAUUUGUCUUAACUAUUUGGUCUCCUCUCGCAGGCACUGGUGGCCACCACCUAAAUCCUCUUCCAUUAGAGGAAGUUAGGCCACGGUGUCCCAUGCCUGCUGCCCUCUCUUCCCCAUCUCUCCAAACCAAUGCACAUUGGAACAGAAAUACAAACUCCAUGCCCUUUAUGGCUAGAGAUUUGAAUCUAAACAUUUUUUUUUUUUUAAACCAAAUGGCUAAGAUAGUUUCCUGGAGCAAGGGCUCCCCUCCAAACACCAAUUGGCAGGAAUCCAUUUUCUUCUAAGGUAGAGCAAGGUUGUGCUGUUUUGCCUUUGUAAUAAUGAAUUGUUUGGGGCCGGAAAAUGAAAUAAGGCAUUUUUUAAAGGGAGUAUACAAAACGACUGGCUGGUGGCUCCUUUGGCAAAAACUGGUACCCAGUAGACGGAAAGUGAAAUGGAAACAGAAACGAAGAUCAUAAGAUCACUGAAGGGCUUGAAGGAAUGCCAGAGCUUCCUGAUUUGUUUUCUAUUUGUUGAAACCCUCUGGCCCUGAGGGAAUCCUCACCUCACCACGCUCUGACAGACCUAUCUUCCUGGCUACGUUCAGCACAGACCAAGGAUGGCCAUCAUGGGUAUAAUCCAUGUUAUAAGGCUCUGAGGUCCCACCCCAGUUUAGGAUUCCCAGAAAAGCCAUUUUCCCCAAAUUAGUAACUCAAGUGCUUUAGGAAUCAACUCACCAAGAGGCUAUUUUAAAAGCAGAAAGCACCUACUGAUAAAAGCAUCAUCACCAUCAUCAUCUUUCUCAUUAAGAAAACUUUUGCUUUCAUCUGAGCAAUUUUAUAUUUUAAAAUAGCCCCUUGAACCAAGAUAAAACACCUUCAAUAAAAGUGGUUGUGACUAAGUCAUGUUGGGGAACACCCAGAAGCUCUUUCCUUCCCAAGCUUGAGGCAUCUUAUAAUGUACUUUGUAUAAAAUUUAAUUGAGGACUUUAAAUAAACAGGGAAUUAGAACUGGUUAGGAUUAGAAAGGGAGAAAGUGAGAAGGCAUAAGAACAUUGGGGAUAUUUUCAUGUUGAAAAGCGAAGAGUCCAAGUUUUCUACUUAUGGUUGAAUACGAGGGUUCACAAGCUACAUCUGCAAAUAGCUAGCUGUGCACUUCGAAAAUGUUCUUUCAACUCUCUGAGUCUCAGUGACCUCACUUGUAAAUGAAAGUGAUUCAUCUAGAUGACUCUAAGGUCCCUUUCAGAUCUGAGAGGAUGUGCUAUGAGUUAAAAGUGGGGGGGGGGGGAGCAUGGGAACAAGCCAAGCCCCUGGAGACAGUCUUGUCCUGUACUAGAAUAAUGGUCCUUCUUGCUGCACCACCCAAGCAGUCCUCCUGAGGGUAGUGCCUUUUCUGCUCUGGACACGUAGCAGUUAUGUUCAUUCCUCUGCUUUACAUUUGGGAGUCUCCUUAGGUUCAAAACGCAAAUUUCAAAAUUCAAACUCACCUGAAUCAUGUUGAUCCGAUCUUUCUGUGUGUUCCUAGGGUUUUCUUCUCAGUCUCAUCCUGGCCUGCCUUUUGUAUUGGCUCAAGGCUCAAUUUCCAUCAAUCCCUUCAUUUCUAACCCAUAUCUCCAAUCUCCAAUAUGUAGUUAGAGGCUCACAACCCCCAGAUUUCUGCAGUUUUCCUCAUUUUUAUUUCCACACGUGGAUCUGGGCACUAGGAAGGUAUCAGUCUUACUUCUCACUUCAUUUUCCGUCCUCUGUUUAUUUGAUUUUUUUUCCUUUCAUUAGUACACCAACUAUUUCUUUGCUACUUACAUUCAUAAGUCUAAUUUUCAUCUACCAUUUUUCUUUGUCAAAGAGAAUCUCAGUUUAAAAACAAGGAAGGAAGAGAGGUAGAAAGGGAGAGAAAGAAAAAAAUCAAACCAAUUGCGACGUGAGUCACCUUACUUAUAGGCGACUAAACACAUCAUUCAAAUUGGACAUGGAAUUCCAGUGCAGAAUCCGUCCAUUUACUAUGGGGAGCAGAGGGAAAGUAAGAUGAGAUUUCAGAGAAGGGGCUAGAAAGUAAAUUGUCUUAAGGGCCAAGCUAAGAGGUUGAGGCUUGCUCUAGAAACUCAUGGAAAGCCACUAAAUGUUUUAAACAGAGUGACAAACACCAAUAUCUGUGCAUUUUUUAGGUUGUAUAUUUUGCGAAGUCAGUUCUUCCUGGAAGUCAUCAAGAGCAGAUAUACAGAGUUGAACAUUUUCUCAGCAGCAUGGAGUUCUCAAGGGUGCAAACUCCAAGUCCACAACUCAGCACAUGAAGUCCUACCUUCUUCAAAUAAAUGUUAUAGAUCCUACUACUUGUAGAAGGUCAAAUGGCAGGGUAGGGGCUGGUUUGGGGUCUGGUUUGAGGGCUGGCUGUUGGGGUCAUUGGCUGUAGUUCUGGAAAAGGUUCUUUGUGAAAGGAACAGUUAAUUGGGACCUCAAUAGAGGAACCCUGUGGAGGAAUAGGAAAGAAUGCGGGCAGCUGAGAACUGUUGUGUUAAUUAGUUCAAAGUGGAAGAAGCUGAGCACGAUCUAUAAAGGCAGGCUUUUCAGGCAAAAGGCAUGGGGAAAGUGGAGCUGAGAGGAGGGCUACGGAAGGUCCUGUGGAUUUGGACGUCAGAACCACAGAGGUAUGUACACAGUGGAGUGUAUGGCUGGGUUCUCUGAAGGAGGAAGGGUAGGUGUGGAAGGUUUUUUGAAGGCAGAAAAACAUGGGGGCUACAACCAUAUUUUUUUAAGGGCUAAAAGGAGCAAAAUAAGUAGGUACUCCUUGGAAAAGGAGACCUAGGGUACUCCAGAAUCAGAAAAAUGGGAAACCAGAGAUGGAAACUUUAAGAAAGAGAGGGGGGGGUCAUCCAUGAGGUUGGAAAUGAAGGUGUUGGAGAUGGCGACUCAGAAGUAAAAGGACUCACUCGAAGAGGGCAGGGACUUUGCUUGUUUGUUUUAUCUCUAGAGCUUGUCAUGAGGCCUGGCUCUGGGUGGGCAGUCAGUCGGUCGCUCUGUGUUUCUUUGGAUGCCGUAGGCGAUGGAGGUUGGAUAGGACUUCUAGGUCACUGGAGAAGGAUCGGAAGAGAGGGAUGUUGAGGUGUGCUUCUUCUUUUGCCUCCCUGUUCAUGUCAUUCCAUUGUUCCUCAUCUCCACACACUGGCGGCUCUGGUUUCAGCGUUCCUAAAACAAAUGCAACAAUCCCUUUGCUUUAGUGGCUUUUCUGGACGGGCAGCAUGAGGAGAGAGGGUUUUCGGCUUGGUGAAAAUCAAUCUUAAUUGCUAGGUAGAUUUCAAAUUUAAAAAGCUUUCCUUUGGUCUAUUUUUUCCCCUCGAGGACUUCUGUGUUUCUUCUCCUCCACCUUGCUAUUCAGCAGAACAGGGACAAAAGUGACACCAAAGUGCUCCAGUGUGCCUGCCUUAGGAAGCUUUCCCGGGCCCGCUGUUGAGAAUCUUAGAUGGAAAUGUCCACACGGCACCGUCAUAUGCCCGCCAGAGCAAACUAGAGCGUCCGUCACGUGGGAUUCAGGGUCAGUGUGAGAAAGGCAGCCAGCAGGUAGGGGAGCCCUGCCAACAAGGUUGAUGGAGCCCCACUUCCGCACUAAACCAAAGCUCCCCCUGCCCCGGAACAGCCUGCUGCCCUCCCUUCCUUCCGCUGAGCACAGCCUGAGACACAUUUGACCAGAACUGCAACAUUUCAAACACGAACCAAGGUCUGCCUGGAAAUCCUAAUUAAAAAUGUUCCAUUCCCAGGUGACACAAUCACAUCCUGCCUAAAACUUCUGGCCCACAUCCCACCACCCAGAUGCUGAAAAGAAACCUUCCCCCACUUAACACCAAAACCUGCACUCAAUGUUUCUUCAGGGGACAAAGAAAAAAAAAAAAAAAAA